AUGCGAAGCAUAGAACUGAUGUUUCGUGGCCAUUCAUCAGUGCACUGGAUGGAAAGUAAAUAUGAAACAGAUGAGAAUAACAGGUCACAAAGUGUCAAUAUACCAUACACAUCAGAGGAGCUCCAUUAUCAUAUGAAAUUUUUUGUGUUUGGUGAUGCAUAUGCUGGAAACAUUCUUCAUGCUGGUGAAUACAAUUUCAAUUUCACCACACAGAUACCUCCAAAUAUACCUUCUUCAUUUGAAGGAGAAUUCGGAUUUAUUCGCCAUGAAAUGACCAUCUUAAGUUACCCAACAAUUGGAAAUACACCAACUACAUAUCUCUUGAAUGUUGUUAAUCCUCUUAACCUCAACAAUGAACCUAACAUUAGGUCUGCAGUGAGGGUAAUGGAUGAGAAGACUCUGUGUUGUUGUUGCUGUGCCUCAAAUCCUAUUUCAUGUGCUCUCUUUUUACCUGCAAGUGGGUUUGGCAUAGGGCAAGAUAUACCCAUGACUGUGGAAGUUGACAAUCUUUCAGGCAAGGUUGUUAAAGGAGUUUCAGUAACAUUACAAAGAGUAGACACAUUCACUGCAGUGCGUCCAGAAAGGGGAACAAGAAAGAAAACUCACAAACUUGUUGUUCUUCAACUGGAGUCUGUUCCAAGAAGAAGACAUUGUACCUGGGAGAGAAAUAUAUCUGUGCCUGACGGACCUCCGUCCGGGCUUAAAUAUUGCUCUAUCAUUUCUUCUGAGUACUUGAUUAGUAUGGAGGUUCAACUCCCAGCUCCUCACAUAAACAUGACAGUUAACGCACCAAUCAUAGUGGGCAACAUCCCAUUAAUACUACCAGGUCCACCGUUACCAUGUUCUCUUCCACCAAAUUCACUAAUUGGAACCUUCAAUACUUCUGAUCCUCCACCACCAUGCCCUUAUCCGGUUCCAUCAGCUCCAAUUAUCCCGUAAGAAUACCACCUCUGGUAGUGUUAGUGUAAGAAACUAUAUUAAACUGUGCCUUUGAGAUGUAAUUCUGGUAAUAGAAAACAGAUAUGCACAAUGUCACUCCUGUGUUAAUAUUAUUUAUAGUAAGGUCAAAACCUAAGUGGGAUUCCGAGGAAUAAAAAUGUUAGUUUUACUUAUACCUAAGGGAAAUUUACUUUCCAGUUUCUCACUUGUCCAAGUGCAAAAUGUGUUAAUCCUACUAAUGGAAUAAAUAACUUACAAAUGUGUCAAUCAGAUUUGUUUCAGUUAAAAAGGUGAUGAACAAAAAUGCAUUAAUUUUAAAGAAACUUUAUUUAUAAACAAUAUAUAUUAGGGACUUUUAUUGCACUCUGUCAACAGAAGCAAAAACAUUAAAUGAGUUGAUUUUGGUGCUUUAAAUUCUUUACAUUGCUCUUCACAUGUCUUGUAUUUAUCAUAUUUGCAGAGUUAUUUUUAAUUUUUUUUCUUUCGCUGCCACCAAAUUACACUUUUGCUUCAACAUUUGCAUUGUGCAUGCUGUGAAUUGAAUGUAUUUGGUGCGCAUUCUGUGUACUAGUCAGCAAUAGAAAAUUGUUAGUAACAUUAAUAAGAAGUAAUUCAAACAUGUCAGAAUCGUCCAAAAUGUUUGGAAAAUGUUAUCUUUCCGCCCAAUGUAAACAUGUCAAGUCCUGAUGGGGAGAAAAUUCUGGAGGGGAGAGCUGUCUCAAAUAAAAGGUUAUACAUUUUUACUAACAGACUUUUUUGUAACAAAUGUUGGAACUUCAUAAUUAGUCUCACGAUGAGAAAUUUCCCAGUUAUCCAGGCUCCACUCAUUCAGGAUUGACCUUAUUUUCACUGCUGACAAAAAUUAUAAUUCUAUAAUAAAAAUGUUUGUAAUCUAUUAGUUUUAACUUUUUCUUCAAUCUACAUAUUUUAAAAUACGAUCAUUUGAGACCUGGGUCAGAUUUCCUAGAAGAGAUCUUCUUUAAUUAGAACUUAAACAAUUCCAUUCGACUAUUAUGAUGUUGAGAUGUUAUGGUGGUAGAACAUUUCAUAUUAUUGAAUAUGUAAAUCUGCAUUUAAUUUAUUAGAUUUAAUGUUUUAACUUUGUAUUUAGAGAUUCUAUCCAUUUAUAUUUUUUACAAGGUAUCUGAACUUUCCUUAUUGUAAAAUUUUUUAAUAAAUAUUAUUUGUUUAAUAAAACUAUUUAUUUCAUUUUUUUAGCCUGCAAAUAUAGCCCGAUCUUCAAUGUAACAGGUAUAUUGAUUUUUAGAGUGAGUAUUAGAUUAUUUAGAGUAAUUUUUAAUUUGAAUAUUAUGAAAGUUUCAAUGGGUCUAAAAAUUAUAACGUUUGUCUCACAUUUACCAAAAAAUCACAAAAUAUGG